AUUUUUGAUGGCUACUGUCAGUCACAGUGCGCGGUCAAUUGGUUCCUGUCGGUUUCGUAUGGUUUCGGUUGGUCGGUUGGUGCGUGAGUGAAGAGUGGUGAUCUUUUACUAGCCGUCGAGCUAUCACCCUUCUUCAGAGGGUCAUUAUUGGAUUUUUGAAAGUUGUUCCAGCAGGGACCAGCGUAGAACACGUGUGCGGAGGUCCAGUGCCAACAACGAAUCCUUCAAGAACUUUCAGAGCACAUAUUCUAAGAGUUUCCUAUCAAGGGUUUUUUUUUUGUUGUUUGAUAUGUGUGAGCAAUAGUCAUCGGAUUAAUUACAAUUUACACCAACACCCGCAAGUUUCCGAACUCGUACUCGUAACUGAACCGUAAGCAGCAACCAUGUCAAAUGAGAAAAAAGACCCCGGAGGGGUCGGCCUUCAGAUCGAGGCACCCUCGCCGGUACCCUCCAACUCGAUCCUGAACAUGAACGUGAAUAUCAAUUUGCCGGUUCCACUGACCAUGGAGGAAAAGAAGUACCUGCUGGCCGUGGAACGAGGCGAUGCGGCCACGGUUAAGAGAAUUCUCCAGCGUGCACACCGUCGGCACCACAUCAACAUCAACUGUGUGGAUCCGCUGGGCCGAGGUGCCCUUACGUUGGCCAUCGAUGGCGAAAACCUGGAGAUGGUCGAACUACUGAUCAUCAUGCAGGUUGACACCAAAGACGGUCUGCUGCAAGCCAUCAAUGCCGAAUUUGUGGAAGCGGUGGAGCUGCUCCUGGAGCACGAGGAACUCAUCCACAAGGAGGGCGAACUUUAUAGUUGGCAAAAAGUGGACAUCAACACGGCCACGUUCACUCCGGAUAUCACCCCACUGAUGCUGGCUGCCCACAAAAACAAUUACGAAAUUUUGAAAAUUCUGCUAGAUCGUGGAGCAACUCUUCCCAUGCCUCACGAUGUGAAGUGCGGUUGCGACGAAUGUAUCCGAAGAUCAUCGGAGGAUUCACUUCGGCACUCGUUGGCUCGCGUCAAUGAGUAUCGUGCGUUGGCAAGUCCCUCGCUGAUCGCUCUCAGCUCACAAGAUCCUCUUCUGACGGCUUUCCAACUGUCCUGGGAACUGCGGAACCUCGCCUUUGCCGAACAGGAAUGCAAAGCUCAGUAUCUAGAGCUUCGUCGACAGUGUCAGAGUUUCGCCGUAGACCUGCUGGAUCAAUCACGAAGCUCCCAGGAGCUGGCCAUCAUCUUGAACUACGAUCCGGAGUCACCCCCCUAUAUGGACGGAGAUCACAUGAAAUUAACCCGAUUAGAACUGGCAAUCGACUACAAGCAGAAAAAGUUCGUGGCCCAUCCAAACAUUCAGCAACUGUUAGCCGCAAUGUGGUACGAAGGUGUUCCUGGUUUUCGACGAAAAUCAGCCAUGGAGAAGAUCGCGAUCAUCACCAAAGUGGCCGUUCUGUUCCCCUUCUACUGUAUGAUGUACAUGAUUGCACCUUCCUGUGAGACGGCCAAGUUUAUGCGAAAGCCGUUCAUGAAGUUCUUGAUCCACGCGUCGUCAUAUCUAUUCUUUUUGUUCCUAUUGAUCUUGGUGUCACAGCGAGCUGAAGUGCAGAUUGUUCUUUUAUUCGGGACGGACAGCAUGAAACGAGCGCUACAGGAAGAGUUGGCCCGUCAACGAGGCAACGGUCCGACUUAUCUGGAGUGCCUCGUGGUGAUAUAUGUGAUAGGUUUCAUAUGGGAAGAGACGCAGGAGAUCUUCAUCGAAGGUAUCCGUAGUUAUCUGAAGAACAUGUGGAACUUCAUCGAUUUCUCGCGAAACUUCCUGUACUGCUGUGUGGCGAUGUUGCGAGUCGUCGCUUAUAUCCAACAGACCUCGCAGAUCAACAACGACCCGAGCACGGCCUACAUCGCUCGGGAACACUGGGACGACUUCGAUCCUCAACUGAUCGCGGAAGGUUUGUUCGCCGCGGCGAACAUUUUCUCGGCACUGAAGUUGGUUCAUCUGUUCUCGAUCAAUCCGCAUCUGGGACCGUUGCAGAUCUCUCUCGGUCGAAUGGUUAUUGAUAUCGUCAAGUUCUUCUUCAUCUACUCGUUGGUGUUGUUUGCAUUCGCUUGUGGUUUGAACCAACUUCUCUGGUACUUCGCCGACUUGGAAAAGUCCAAAUGCUACAGCUUGAAGGGAGGUCUUCCGGAUUGGGACAACCAGGGAGAUGCUUGCAUGAAAUGGAGACGCUUCGGAAACCUAUUUGAAUCAUCGCAGUCACUGUUCUGGGCCAGCUUCGGUAUGGUUGGACUGGAGAGUUUCGAACUCGCCGGCAUCAAGUCGUACACUCGUUUCUGGGGUCUGCUCAUGUUCGGAUCGUACAGCGUGAUCAACGUAAUUGUUCUGUUGAACCUGCUUAUCGCCAUGAUGUCCAACUCGUACGCUAUGAUUGACGAACAUUCCGACACGGAAUGGAAGUUUGCUCGUACCCGACUGUGGAUGAGCUACUUUGAGGAGAGUUCGACACUGCCACCGCCGUUUAACAUUUUCCCGAACAUGAAGCACCUGAUGCGGCUUUGCGGCAAGAAGAAGAGGCGCGACAUCAAGCGGGAGUCCACUAUUCGUCGCAAGGAGGACAAGGAACGCACUGAACGGUACACCAACGUGAUGCGGUCACUCGUCUGGCGGUAUGUUUCGGCCAUGCACCGCAAGAUGGAAGAGAAUGCCGUCACCGAGGACGACAUCAACGAAGUCAAGGGUGAGAUUUCCGCCAUGCGAUACGAGUUGUUGGAAAUCUUCGAGAAGAACGGCAUGGAUGUUUCGGCUGCUGAUCGCAAGGAAAAAGCUGUCCUCGCCAAGCGCAUGAAGAUCUGGGAACGUCGUCUAAUGAAGGACUUCCACGUGGCGCCUGUCGAUAUGCAAGACAACGCCCUAGACGAGGAAGAUGAGGAAGAAGACGCCAACCCAUUGGCAAGGUUCCGACGUGUGGCCAGGAAGGUGGCCACACAGACAACUUCGGCCAAGUGGGGCCAGGUCAUGUCCGGAGUUGGAAUUGAAACCAACUCGCAGAUCGGCCGCUGCAAGAAUCGGGACAGUUUCCGCCAACAGCAGCAGCUUCAAAAGGCGAUGAAUGAAGCUCGUCGAUUGGUGGAGCGUAGUCCUCUGCCUCGAUCACGAAGUGCCUCUCCCAUGAUGGAUGGAUACGAAGAUGAAACUACCAACACUCUAUUGCAGCUGAUCAACCAACUGGCUGAAGAAACCGGAGGUGAUGUAUCACCUGGAAAUACGUUGCAUACUUUAGGCAAACACAGCCGAUCAACGACUCCGCUUAAUAUGCUUACAGCUCAAUUACAGACCAUGUUGAGCAAAUCGCCAUCUCCGAUGACGAUGAAAUCGUUAAAAACUGGAGAUACCAAGUCACCUGGAAAUCUUAACCGAUCGCCAGCCCCUCGUAAGGAAGGUAAAUCACUACCUUCUAUAAACGGAAGCAUGCCAACGUCCCCUGAACCAUCUGCUCCAGUUGAAACGAAACCUACUUUAGGGGUGCGAUCUCCUCCAACCAUCAAAUCGCCUCCUCCAGCCAAAAGCCCCAUUCAACCGAUUCAAUCCCCUCCUCCAACGAUUCGCAUUACCGAACCUCAUCUGAUAAAGAAAUCUGACUCCAAAGACAGCCUUGUUGAUGCUGUUCCAACCGUCGAGGUCAAGCCUCCAACUCCGCAGCCUUCAAAACCCCCCACACCGGUACUACCCAAAUCCGACGCUCCCCCUCCAUCAGAACCAAUGAAAUCUCCUGAAGCAAAACCCAGCGAAACGGUAGUCCAUGCGGACGAUCCGGCUCCUCUAGUUGCUGGAGUCAACUCGCCUCCCAAAGUUAUCAAACGAAAGGCACCAACGCCAUCAGCUUCGGACGCUCCACCACCAGCUGGAGAUAUUUCCGUGUCUCGUCCAGUGGCGGCGAAGCCUCAGCCAGGCCAGGGAAUGCUACCUCCGCCUCCAAGCAAAGAAGAACAGCCCAACAUCUCAAUCCCCGUCCUUUCAACUACCCCAGCCACUCCACUCCCAGCCACCAAGAACCUUGGAGCAACCCCUAAAAAGUCACCACCUCCAAUCGCCCCCAAGCCGCAAUCCCCUCCACCAGCCCCAGCAGUACCCCCAAAGGUGGCAUCACCGCCACCCACGGUCAAAGUGGAACUCAUGUCCGAACAGCAGCCGUCCGAUGUGACAUCCAGCACCGAACAGCUCAUCGGUAGUAGCAGUAGCAGUCCUCCUCCGGCUGACGCAGCACGGGCAGUUUCCUCGCCGACCUGUCUCCGUCCGAUCAACAAGAUUGCCGACGUGAAAACCAUCAAACGGCAGCCCAAGAGCGGCUGGCUGUAAUACAGGGCAACCAUCAGUGAAAUGAGCAUGAAGAUCUACUCGCCAAAAAGUCUGCUUUUGAUAGUUAGUCCAUAUUUUUAAUCAUUAUCUCUGAAACUGUGAAUCUCAUUGCAAUCGGUAUGUAGGCAUUUUAGAAACAAAAGUGAUAACAUCGGGAAAACGUGACCAAAGGAGUUGAAUAUAUUUUAUAUUUAUACGACUAUUGAGCUUAGGUUCGAGGACCAUAUACGAAUAAAAACAGAUAUUGUAAAAAGUGUA